AUGAAGGCAGUGGAGAAGACAUUAGCUCAAAGUAUUUCUCGAGCCCGUCAAAAAUAUGUUUAUCAUGUAAGACAUUUUUCAAUUAGUAGAAGUGGAAUGUUGACGUGUGCUGGUCACUUAUUCCUCAAGGCCUAUAACGGGGAACAUAAAUGUUGUGCUGGUUAUAGUGAUGGAACAAAGGGUGAUCCGGUUACGCGCGAACUUAUCAAGAGUUUGAUAUUUGAGCAUAUUGAACAGAAUCCCAACAAGAAAGCCAGGGAUAUUGUUAGAGAACUCAAAAGUGAUUAUGGGUUGGAAGUGAGCUACGAUCAAGCGCAUGCCGGGAAAGAAUUAUGUUUCAAGGAAUUGUAUGGCGAUGACAUUAAAUCAUACACUGACUUGAGAUGGUGGUGUGAAGCCGUGAAGAAACACGAUCCAGGUAGUAGGGCUGAUUUAGUUGUUGAAGGUGGCGAGUUUAAGAGAAUAUUUCCUCUGUCAUAUGGUAUCGUAUCAUCUGAAACUGUUGAGAAUUGGCAUUGGUUGUUGAAGAAACUAGAAUCUAUCUUGGGUCCUCGUGUACUAACUUUUAUUUCGGAUCGCCAUGAGGGUUUGAUCCAAGGGAUUCGUGAUGUUUUCCCAACUUUCUAUCAUGCUUGGUGUUACCAGCAUUUGAAGAAUAAUGUCCGCAGUAAGACCAACAAGAAAAAGGGAGAGCAUUUUGUUGCGAUGGGUUUGUUCAAAGAAUGUUUCCAUUCAUCGACUCAUGAAGGCUUUGAUCAGGGUAUGCAAAAUUUGAAGGAUAUGGGAUGUGAUGGUCUUCAAAAAUUCUUGAGGGAGAUUCCAGUGGAAUGUUGGUCCAAUGCACAUUGUCUGGGCUGUCGUUAUGGCGACAUGUGUUCAAACAUUGCAGAUUCCUUUAACUCUUGGAUCAAGGAAGCAAAAGGUAUGCCUAUUGCAACACUUGUUAACUGGAUCAGACUUAAAAUUAUGGAACAGAUGAGUACAAGGAAGAGGAAGGGGGCGGCGUAUAAAGGAUUCAUUUGUCCCAGGCUAGAGAAAAAAGUGUUGUCUUUCAUUCGUGCUGGUGUCCAGUGGAGAAUAACCAAGUCUGGUGACAUGGAGUGGGAAGUUUUUGAUGGAAAGCACACGCAUGCUGUUAAUAUUGCGAAGUUUCAGUGCAGCUGUGGGGUUUGGUUUACUGAGUAG